CUCGCUUUUAUCUUUUGUUAUUUGUUGUAAACCAUGCGCCAUAGAUCGGAUAUUGAUGAAGAGGAGGGCGAAAUUAGCGACAGACCAACCAACGCAGGCCGCCAGUCCCCACACAACGACUAUGCGCGACCAACUGGCAGUCGCAGCCACAAACACAGUCGCAGUCGCGAGCGCGAGCGUAGCUAUGGCCAUGCCAGAGGUCGUAGUCGCAGUCGAAGUCCAGCGCGCGAUCGUAAACGACAUGUCAGCUUCAAGCCCGAUACCACUAUAGACAAAGUGACUAAGGAAGCAUCAGCACUAACAACAUCAUCGAGGGUCACUGAACCUAUCACGGUAAAUACUGAACACGAAAUUGACUUGACACUAUCGUUUGAAAAAGACGAAGAGGCAGAGCUGGAGAGAUUGCGUGAGGAGCGGCGUCGCCGGCGCAAGGAGAUUCUCCAAACAUACGAAUGUCAGACUGAUGCUCAAAAUUCAACUGUUGCUGAAACUGUUAGAGAAGUGCCGGUUUUUGGUUUGGAGAAGAAGGGAGGGGGGGACGGCGCAGCACAAAAAGCAACAGCAGCAACGGCAGCAGGUGGUUGUGAUGGCGUUUUGGCUGCCGACUAUGAUCCCAAUAAAGACUCGAAGGCGGAUGAUGUGCGUCACAGGAUGCUGGCGCAGGCCACGACCACGGCAACUGCUGUUUCUGUCGCUGAUCCUGCCGCUGGUAAAGGUACUGGCGACGCUUCUGAUGAUGACGAUUUUGAUAUGUUUGCCGAUGACGACGUGAUUGCCAUCAAGGCGCCCGCAGCCAAAACCAACCCCACAGCCUCUGCGUCAGCGCCAGCGACAGCCGACACCUAUGACGACCCCGACGGCUACUACCGCACAAUCGUUGGCGAGCUCCUGGACGGCCGCUACCUGGUGCAAGCCUUCCUCGGACAGGGUGUGUUCAGCUCCGUCGUCCGGGCUAUCGACACGCAGAACAACGAUGCACCGGUGGCGAUCAAGAUUAUCCGCCAGAACGAGCUCAUGCGCAGGGCCGGCAUCAAGGAGCAGCGCAUCCUCGAGAGGCUCGAGCAGGCCGAUCCGUCGGGCAAAAUGCACGUUGUGCGCCUGUUGGGGAACUUUUUGCACCGCGGCCACAUGUGUCUGUGCUUUGAGCUCAUGAGCUUGAACUUGCGCGAGGUCGUGCGCAAGUACGGGCGCGACUCCGGGCUGAGUCUAGAGGCGGUGCGUGUCUACGGGAUGCACCUGCUUCUGGCCCUGGAUCUUCUGCGCGGCUGCGGUAUCAUCCAUGGUGACCUCAAACCCGAUAACUGCUUUGUGUCGGAGCAGCGCAACAAUGUCAAGCUGGGCGAUCUAGGGUCGGCCUGCGAUGUGACGGAGAAUGAAAUCACCCCGUAUCUUGUCAGUCGGUUCUACCGCGCGCCAGAGAUCAUCUUGGGAAUGGCCUACGGCCAGGCGAUCGACGUUUGGUCGCUGGGCGCGACGCUCUUUGAGUUGUAUACGGGCAAGAUAAUGUUCCCUGGGCACAAUAACAACCAUAUGCUGCAGCUGAUGAUGGAGACCCGCGGCCAGUUCUCCAAUCGCAUACUGCGUCGGGGCCAAUACUGGCAGCAGCACUUCGAGGACAACGGCGGCGGCAUUAUGGACCUGGUCAGUCGCUCAGUCGAUGAGCUGUCGGGCACAGACGCUGUCCAGCGCAUUCGGAUUUCAAAGCCCACGCUGGACAUCAAAACGCGCGUUUUGCAGGCCACUCCGGCGGGGUCUUCACAGGAGGAGAUCCAACAAGCGCUCCAGUUUGCCAGUCUGCUGGACCGAUGCUUGGAGCUCAGCCCCGAGAAGCGCGUCACGCCGAUUGAGGCCCUGCGCCAUCCCUUUUUCUUGCAGCGCUAAGCGUAAAUAAAGCAAUUCGUUUU